AUGAAAACCCAUCGGAUUCUUCUCCUCCAAUCCCUAAUCCUCCUUCUCUGCUUCGCCGGAGCUCAGCUGCAGCCGGAAUCCACCAACGACAGCAACUACUACGUUGGCGCCAGGAUCAGCCCCAUGGCGGCGAUCAUCACCGUCGUUUUACUCUCCGUGGCCUUCCUCGUGUGGCUCUUCUCGCACUACAACUACCACUACACCGCCGCCCCCGCAAUGCGCUACCGCACCGCCGCCGCAAUGCGCGUCCGCCGCGGCCUCGAUGCGGCGGUGGUCGAUGCAUUCCCGACGUUCACCUACGCGGAGGUGAAGGAGCACAAGAUCGGGAAGAGCGUGCUCGAGUGCGCCGUCUGCCUCAGCGAAUUCAAGGACCACGAAACGCUGCGUUUGAUCCCCAAGUGCGACCACGUCUUCCACCCCGAGUGCAUCGACACCUGGCUCGAGUCAAACGUCACCUGCCCGGUCUGCCGGGCUAAUCUCACCCCGCAGACCGGUGACGAACCGGUUCAGCCGCUUCAACCGGGUCCCGCAGUUAUGGAGGAUACUAACUCGAGAACCGACGAAAUCGUGAUUCAAAUAGAAGGGGAUGAUGCGAACCCCAGCCCAGCCUUUGAUUUACCGAUCCGGUCCCUUAGGUCGUGGUCGGUCCGGACCGCGAGAGUGGUCGCUUUGGAUAAGUUUAGGUCGCACUCGACCGGGCGCUUGUUGGUCCAACCGGUGGAAAAUCUCGACCGGUUCACAUUGAGGCUACCAAACACGGUUAGGAAGGAGAUGAUGGACCGGACCGGUUCAAACCGGCCGUGGAGAUGCGUGGCUACUAUAUUGCCUAAGACAAGGAGCUUGCGGAGAGGUUUCAGAAGCGAGGAGUGGAGUAGCCAAUGGGGUUUAUUCUCGAAAGGUGAAGGUCAACGGAAGUGGGGAAGCAGUGUGUCGCUGCUGAGGAUACCUUCUUUCGUGUCGUUGGAGCCGACGACAGACAUUGAAGCCGGUUUAAUGUCAGAAAACCGGAGUAAGUCUCCGGCUUAA